GUUGUUGUUGUCCGGGGCUGAGGAGGGGGGCUGGUGCUUUGUUUUUGUUUUUUUUUCUCCCUCACCGCUUAAGCUACCACUAACAGGCUAAAUACAUCUAAACAUAAACGCCUGCAUGUCUUGGCCGAGUUGUAAUUUAUUAGUUUAGCGGCAUAUUUAUCCAGGUGGUGCUGAGCGAGGGGCAGAAGUGGCUGAUGUGAUGGAUACGCGGGUAUCGGAGCUUUUUGGUUCAGGAACUGCACAGGGCUCUGGAUCUCAAGGAGCUGGAUCCAACACGGGAAAUGGCCACGGGGUCGCUCCUAAAAAAGCAUGUGCAAAGAAUAACAAGAAAGCAAAGGCUCGGGCGUCCCGAAACUUCAAACCAAGCAAUAACCCCCCAUAUCUACCUCCAGAGGCUGAAGAGGGAAAUAUAGAGUACAAGCUGAAGCUGGUCAAUCCUACGCAAUACCGCUUUGAGCACCUGGUCACGCAAAUGAAAUGGCGUCUGCAGGAGGGCCGAGGCGAAGCUGUGUAUCAGAUUGGGGUGGAGGACAAUGGCAUGCUGGUGGGACUAACAGAGGAAGACAUGAGAGCAUCACUGAAGACUCUUCAUAGGAUGGCAGAGAAAGUCGGAGCUGACAUCACUGUUCUCAGAGAGCGAGAGGUCGACUAUGACUCUGAUGUCCCUCGUAGGAUUGCUGAGGUUCUCAUUCGAAAGGUGCCAGAUGACCAGCAGUUUUUGGACCUGCGGGUUGCCGUAUUAGGUAAUGUGGACUCAGGCAAAUCUACCCUGCUGGGUGUUUUGACACAAGGCGAGCUGGACAAUGGACGGGGACGAGCAAGGCUCAACCUUUUCCGACAUCUUCACGAAAUCCAGACAGGACGCACCUCAAGUAUAAGCUUUGAAAUCCUUGGCUUCAACAGUAAAGGAGAGGUUGUGAAUUACAGCGAGUCUCGGACAGCAGAAGAGAUUUGUGAAAGUGCCUCUAAAAUGAUCACAUUCAUUGACCUGGCGGGACACCACAAGUACUUGAAGACCACUAUCUUUGGCCUCACCAGCUACUGCCCGGAUUUCGCUAUGCUGGUCGUCAGCGCAAAUACUGGCAUUGCUGGCACAACACGGGAGCACCUGGGGCUCGCCAUGGCCCUGAAGGUGCCCAUCUUCAUCGUGGUGAGUAAGGUGGAUCUGUGCACAAGGGCCACGGUGGAGCGUACAGUGCGGCAGCUGGAACGUGUCCUGAAGCAGCCAGGAUGCAACAAAGUGCCUCUGGUCGUAGGCAGCACGGAUGAUGCCGUCACGGCAGCACAGCAGUUUGCCCAGUCGCCCAGCAUCACACCAAUCUUCACCUUGUCCAGUGUAACUGGAGAGAGCCUGGAUUUGCUGAAAGUCUUCUUCAACAUCAUCCCUCCCCUAAGUAACAGCAAGGAGCAGGAGGAGCUUAUGCAACAGCUUACCGAGUUUCAGGUGGAUGAGAUCUACACUGUGCCUGAGGUGGGGACUGUAGUAGGAGGCACUCUGUACAGUGGUAUUUGCCGUGAGGGAGAGCAGCUGGUGGUAGGGCCCACUGACUCGGGCCAGUUUCACAAACUGACAGUGGGCAGCAUCCAGAGGAACCGGUCAGCAUGCAGGGUGCUCAGGGCUGGCCAGGCUGCCACACUGGCACUCGGCGACUUUGACCGGUCACUACUACGCAAGGGCAUGGUGAUGGUGAGCCCAGAGAUGGACCCUACCAUCUGCUGGCUGUUUGAGGCUGAGAUUGUCCUGCUGUUUCAUGCUAAGACCUUCCACAAGGGCUUCCAGGUUACUGUGCAUGUUGGCAACGUGAGACAGACCGCCAUCGUGGUGGCUGUACACGGGAAGGAAGAGCUGAGGACAGGGGAGAAGGCGGUGGUUCGCUUCAGGUUCAUCAAGCACCCAGAAUACCUGAAGGUGGGAGCCAAGCUGCUCUUCAGAGAGGGCGUGACCAAAGGUAUCGGCCAUGUCACUAAGUUGCAGCCUGUUGCCCACUACCAGCCAUCCCACAGUGAGGAUGAUGAGGCCUAGAGCCUAGAAAAGGUUUGGGGUCCAGGACAACCACAAACAAACACACCGUCCCUCCCAGAAAAAAAGGCUCUUUUGGGAAGUCCUUGUCGUAAAAACCUCCUGCUUUCUCCGAAGGCCACUAUGCCCCGGUCUCUGCACAGUAAAUCCCUCUCAUGUUUUUUGUGUUUUGUAUGUGUUUUCGUUUUGAUUUUAUCAUCAUUUUUCACCCCAUAGCUUUUCCAAAGCCUUGAUGUCACCAAGCUCCCCUCAUUCUUUCUCAAGCCUUUUAAAAAUGCUGCUGACAUUUAUUCUGCUUUCUGAUGUUGAGAUUUUUAGGAUGUUGUUUUUCAUGACUGGGGAUCCCUCAGCCACCUCUUUAACUUGUUCACCUUGUAACAAAUCUACCAAAAUGAACUGGUGUCAAACACAUGGUUACUAUUCACACAGAGAUCGAUGAAUGGCAGCAAGUCUACACGAGCAGCUACCAAGAAACACACUGCUGACUCACACACACAAUGACGUGCCGCUGACACAGUUUACACACACUCCUAAUACACAUACAGCCACAUGCACUGAAAGUGUGAAACUGUUGAUCGAUUGUUUUUGCAGACAUCUGUUUACAAACUCAGCAGUUUAAAUUCAUAUGAAAUGUUUGGACAUCAAGGUGUAUUUAUCUCCAUUAUCAAAAUCAUCAUUUUUUCAUCAUCACUCUGCAUCUUCUCUGUGUUACCAGCAUAGUGCCUGACUGAAACAGACAAGCCUUUAUAUAGUAUUGGAAUCAUGUCAUUGUUUCUGAACUCUCUUGAAGUGUAUCCUCUUCCUAAAAAAAGAAAGAAAAAAAUGUGUGGUUCUCACAGCUUGACAGUCCUCAGAAGCAAACUGACUGAAGGUCAUCUUGGUCAAAGCUAUACUGCUGACAAGAGCACUUUAUGAAGGCAAGGAGAGCAUUUUAAGGUAUGCACGGUUACAACUUGACCCUGUUUUGUGUGUUAAUCUGCCAAGAUAAUUCACCUUGGCAUUCACCUUAUAACUGGUUUUUUAAUGUCACGUUUUUGAAAAUUGUUUUUGAUUCACAAUUAAUGCCUCAAGAUAGUCCAGUGAGCCAGUUAAUGGUCUUACUGCCUGUCUUUCAAGUGCUUUAGUUACUCAGGUCAGUGUAGAUUUUCUAUUAGACAGCAUUCCACUCUCACAGAAGUACUCCAGGGGAGGUUUCUGUUGUUGGCUUGGGGAGUUUUGAGGGAAAAAGAAGACAUGGAUGUUUCUCCCAAAGAUAUGUGUUUAACUGCAUUAUGUAUGUACAAUUACCCUGUUAAAGCAAUCGUGUGAGGUACUUUAUGCCGUCUCUUCACCUAAGUUACUGAUGUCACUAACUUUGAAGGGUUUUUAACCCAGUGCCUAAUGGAACGACCAUUCAAGUAACCUUCCAUCACACCCCAAAGUUUUACAACUUAGUAAAUCUACUUGAGUUGGUGCUACUCUUUGAAAUAGCUUUUGGUAUCUUAAAGAUGACUUUGAAAAAGACAAUAAAUUGCAAUUAUUUGUUCAAGGCUGUUGUUAGCCUUUAAGGUCUUAUAUUAUUGCAUGUUGACUAGAUUUGUGCUGAUGGUUGUCUCACUGACAUCUUAGGUGAGAGGACAACUGGACAUGUGUGCCCUGUUUUGUUGCACCUAUGUUAUGCACGGUUUGUGUGCACUCAAAAGGGGGAGAGGGGUUAAAAAAAAAGAAGAAAAAAAAAGAAUGUAUUUCAACCAAAAUGUUUUAUAGCCUUUAGGGAAAACACAGCUUUUCAGAUGUUUAAAAUUGAUUUGAUACAUCUGAGGAAAUUUUAUUUUAUAGAUUUGUAGUGGUUUCAAAUUUUACAAAUUCUUUCAAAUACAUUUUUCUGACUGUUUUAUUCCUUUUAAUGACACCAACACAUUUUCACUUUUUGCAACCACAAAUGCAAGAUCUGUUUUCCUUUUAAUUGAAAGUGUAAUAUUUUAUUCAUUUGUUUGGGUGAAGUACGAUUAUAUAUUUAUGUACAGAUCCAGUUUGUAUAUCAUGGUGUACAUAAAUAAAAGUUUUAUUAUCUA